AUGGUCCUUAUUAUCGUUUGAUAUUUUUCUUUUCACAUUCAUUUUCGAAACGACAGUGCUACAAGCAAUAAGUUUUAAUUCAUUUUGCUUCAAUUUGUUUCAGAUCUUGAAAAAUGGAAUUUUUGCAAGAAUUUUUGGAUAAUGCUAAAUUCUUUGGCCAAAAUGAAUCAAUUCGACGAUUGAAGAGAUGGAUUAAACGACAUUUCGAUGAUUAUUUUGACUUGAUCGAUUUUUUUGAAUUAUAUCAUCCGGAUGAUUGUUCAAGCAAUGACGAAUUGAUUUAUUUUGGUGUUCAAUUCAAAAAUCCUUAUCUGGCUGCUCGUGUUGUUGGCCGAAAUGGUACUGUAAUCCGUCGAAUUCGAGAAAUGACCGGAACUGAAAUCAUAUCACCGCAAUAUCAUUUAAAUGAAUGGAUGACAAAUAAUUUUCGUCGCCCAUCACAAUGUUCAAGACAAUCGUUUUUGAUCAUUUCACGAAAUGCCAUCCGUAUCGUGUAUUCUAUCACUUUGAUCAUUGCUACCGGAAUCUAUUUUCUGCAACGAUUUCGAGAUUUGAUUUCACCAAAUCCUGAUGAAAUUUGUUAUCGAUUACCUGUGCCAUCAGGUUUAGUUCCAUCGAUUCUUGCAAACAAUGCAAUGAUAAUUAUUCUGAUUCAAUGGGCUACAGAUGUACGCAUUGUGUCACCAAAACCUUAUUGUAUUCCUUGUGAAUUUUACAUCAUCGGUAAACAGGAAAAUGUUCGAAUUGCUAUUAAUUUUCUUGUUGAACACGUCAAAUCAAUUAUUAAAUCACCAACCACCAUCAACCGUCAAUGGUCAAAUUGUUGAAUGAAACAACAAACAAAAAUCGAUCAGCACAAAAAUUUCAUUAUUUCUC